CAUGUGUUUAAAAGAAAUCAAGUUACUCCAUUUAUUAUCAAAAUUCUAAUACUGCAAUAUUUGUUUUGUUUUUUUUGUUUCGCUAUGGGAGUUUUUAUUGUAGUCCAUCUGAAGUACCAAAUUAGCUUUAGUUGUAUGUUUACCCGUGUAUGGAGCGGCAUCACCUCCAUUGGCCGAUCUGGUCACAUGGUUCGCUAACUUUAUUCAGUUGACACCAAGUAGGAGGGCUUUAUGGAGGGAGGAAAAAAAGACAACUCGAGAAAAAUUAGUAUUUUCUCCCUUCAGAAAUUAAUGGCCAUGAGUUCGUAUUUGGUGAACUCUAAGUAUGUGGAUCCCAAAUUCCCUCCCUGUGAGGAAUAUUCACAAAAUAACUAUAUACCUGAGCAGGGCGCGGACUACUUCAGUCCAACGCAGGACACAGACUUUCAGCACCCAGGGAUCUACCCACGGCCAAACUUCACGGAGGAGCCCUUCAGCUGCAACACCGUGCCGGACUCCACCGGGCAGCCCCGGGGUCACGUGCACGAGCGAUCCAGCCGCUCGAGCUCUUUUAGCGCGCAGACCGAGCACGGCCCCCCGGUCCAGGCGGCCGGACCCCGGACUUGUGGACAGCAGCAAAGCACAAAGAGCCAACACGGGAUACAGUCCAAGCAGCCCGCAGUGGUUUACCCUUGGAUGAAGAAAGUCCACGUUACCAAUGUUAACCCGGAUUACACAGGACCCGAGCCCAAACGGUCCAGAACAGCUUACACCCGGCAGCAGGUUUUGGAGCUUGAAAAGGAGUUUCAUUUUAACAGGUACCUGACCAGGCGGCGACGGAUUGAGAUCGCCCACACUCUCUGCCUCUCCGAAAGGCAAAUCAAAAUCUGGUUUCAAAACAGACGGAUGAAAUGGAAGAAAGACCACAAGCUACCAAACACCAAGGGCAGGUCGGCACCGGCCGGCCAUCUGCAAAGCAUCCAGAAGGACAGCCAGACUGAUAUCACAUCUUUAUAAGAGAGGAGAAGGGUGUUACGCCUUUAGAAAUAAACUGUACAUAUAAAAGUCAGGGUUUGCAUCUGGCUUUUGCAUGGACUCAUGUUGUUUUUAGCCUCUUUUUCCUUUUUAAUUUAACAAAGACCCCCCCCCCCCCCCCCAGCAGCAUUGACUUCGAGA